AAAAUAAAUAAAUAAAUAAGAAAAGCAUUCUCUACUCUCUAGGGCACCUCACGCCGCCAUUGUUCGCUCAAACGCCUCUCUCUGCCGAGACGACUGCGUUUGCGAUUCAGGAUGGAUUCCCAGAUCAAGCAUGCGAUUGUGGUGAAGGUUAUAGGGCGGACAGGGUCGAGGGGACAAGUGACUCAGGUGAGAGUCAAGUUUGUGGAUGACCAGAAUCGGUUUAUCAUGAGGAAUGUUAAGGGACCUGUUAGAGAGGGUGACAUUCUCACCCUUCUCGAGUCGGAGAGGGAGGCUAGGAGGCUGCGCUGAAUUUCUUUCACACUGGCUUCACGAACUUCUGAUGUUUGGAUGUAAGUUACGACAUCGGUUUGAAGUUUUUGGUUUUCGCACUACUUUGAUGAAUGAACCAAAAUAAUAUUUGGAGUUAAUUGUUUGGCAAUAUUAUGACUUAUGUUUUUCACACCAGCUGAAUUAGUUGUGCCGUUUUUACGUUGUUUAAGCCUACGAUUUUGGGAUUUUUAUUGAGUUGCAAGGAAUGAUGUUAAAUUUACUUCAUAGGGUACUUAGAUGAGUUGGAUAUGGAUGAUUUAUUCUCUAUAUGUGCUCAUCACUUGAAUACUUUUUUAAGUAUUUUAUUGGCUCGAGCAGGCGAUGCUGUGUUUUCUAUUUUGAAGUUGGGUUACAUUGUCGGAAUGCAUUAAAUAUUAUUAUUCCUUUCUUA